AUGGAAAACGCCAAAUAUCACAAGGGGCGGCCGUUUGACACUGCCAAGGGCAACUGGAAGAAGGGCGAUCUCUAUCAAGCCUGUGUGAAGUUCAAGGUUCCUGGUGUGUCUUCUACUGAUCUCAAGGCGACGAUCUGGGCAGCCUUGAAGAAGCAUAUCGACGAGCACAUCCCACCUGCCAUUGUCGAAAUGGCACGGACUCGUGGAUAUCAUUUGUGCAUGAGCAUGUUGGACCUGCGAGUGAACGUGUUGCUACAGCUGAAGCAAGCACUCGAGGCGCGACGGCAAAAGCUUCGGCAGCUCAAAGUCCAAAGGGAACAAGAGGCCAAAGAGCGAAUAAACGUCGCCAAGCUCCGCGAGCGCCAGGACCUCGAGACGCGAAGGCAGGCAGGGCCCUAA